GCCAGUGCGGCGCCGUCGCGGCAGUGACGCCGGCCUCCCGGCCUGGAUCGGGGGCAGCGGCGGCGGCGGCGAUAGCGGCGGCGGCCUGGCCGGGGGAUGGCGAUGUUCCGCAGCCUGGUGGCCUCGGCACAGCAGCGGCAGCCGCCAGCUGGGCCCGCGAGCGGCGACAGCGGCCUGGAGGCGCAGUUCAGCUGUCCCAUCUGCCUGGAGGUGUACUAUCGGCCAGUGGCCAUCGGCAGCUGCGGCCACACGUUCUGCGGGGAGUGCCUCCAGCCAUGUCUGCAGGUGCCAUCCCCUCUGUGCCCGCUCUGCCGUCUGCCCUUCGACCCCAAGAAAGUGGACAAGGCCUCUCAUGUAGAGAAGCAGCUCUCAUCUUACAAGGCACCCUGCCGGGGUUGCAACAAGAAGGUGACUCUGGCGAAGAUGAGAGUGCACAUUUCCUCCUGCCUGAAGGUCCAGGAGCAGAUGGCCAACUGCCCCAAAUUCGUCCCUGUGUUGCCCACAUCUCAGCCCAUCCCCAGCAAUAUCCCCAACCGGUCUACCUUUGCUUGUCCCUACUGUGGAGCCCGCAAUCUGGAUCAGCAGGAGCUGGUGAAGCACUGUGUGGAGAGCCAUCGCAGUGACCCCAACCGUGUGGUGUGCCCCAUCUGCUCAGCAAUGCCCUGGGGGGACCCUAGCUACAAAAGCGCCAACUUCCUGCAGCACCUGCUGCACCGGCACAAGUUCUCCUAUGACACCUUCGUGAUUACUGACCUGCAACAUGAUCCCGAGAGAAUUUUGGGAAGCUGCUGGGAAGAACUGGGGAGCUAGAUAGGGCUCUAGCACCCUGAGGACUACAGCAUUGACGAAGAAGCCGCCUUCCAGGCUGCCCUGGCUCUGUCCCUCUCUGAGAAUUGAGGCACACACAGCCUGGCCACCUGCCUCAAGUCAGGGCCCGAAGACACAAUCCCACAUCACGGGAUAGGGCGGUUGCCCUCCUGCCCUGGCACCUGCACAGGAGUGCGCCACCGGGCUAAGUGGAAUUUCACACAAGGAGAGCUGGUCUCAGAGCCCCCAGGGCCAGGGUGCUGGCUAGCUGGCCCCUUGCCAUCAAGCAGGGCCACUGGGUCCCGGCCAGCAGCACUGGGUCAUCGGUGCUUCAAGAGGCAGGUGCUGGCCAUUGGGUUAGAGCAGUUGGCUGCUUUUCCCAGCCGUGCUAUCCUCGUGUGGAGAAGGAUGAGGUGCCCUAAGCUGUGCCCAGCAGGACCAGGGGAGGAGGCGCCUAGCCAGGCUGCCAGCCCACCCGGUCCCCAGCUUCGCUUCCACCGUAAGCAUUUGGUACUGGCUUUUGUGAUAUUUAGGAACCCUGCGUUUUUCUAUCUUAUCCUGUGUGAUAAUCUUUUCACGUUUUAUAGAGCAAAUCAAAGCAGUUCCUCUUCAUACCGCAAUACCUGUGUUUGACUAGGAAGAACAGUAUUUUUAUGGAGCAUUUACAAAGCUAUAUUUUUUAAAAAAAAUAGUCAAAAAUAAACACUUGUGUGGGAUCAGUGCAAAGUGGGAAGGAGAGUGGGCAUAGCCAAGGCUUCAUCUGUGUGAGACAGAGGUGGGGUCCCCAAGCCACUUGCUCUUUGAGGAAGAGGCUCUUGUUUGUGGUUUUCUUUAUGAUAAUGACCCAGACGAAAUCCUAGUACCCCUGACCACUUGCUGUGGCUGCUCCAGCAGUUGUAGGACAGUCGAGGCAGAAGUGGGUCCCUCUCCUGCCCCAGGAAUUGUCCAUGGCUCCCUGUCACCUUCCAGAGCCAACCACAUCCCUCCUCAUGCAGGGACUGCCCUUAGCAAUGGUAGGGCCCUCAGAGGCUGGAGAGGCCUGCUCGGUGGCAGGUCAGGGUCAAGCCCUCAGAGGCUGGAGAGGCCUGCUCAGUGGCAGGUCAGGAUCAAGCCCUCAGAGGCCGGAGAGGCCUGCUCGGUGGCAGGUCAGGCCCGGAACCAUUUGUCAGCAUCUUGUUCUGUUCAUGGCAUACAUCCUGCCUUUUCAGAGGAGUUUAAAUAAAAUGUUUGAAAGCAUCCACGGCA